CGCCAUCUUGGGGCCGGGCGGAAGCGGCGUCGGGCCUUCCGCUGUACCGGCCCGGCGUGCGCGGGCGUCCCGAGAAAAAGCUUUCCGGGAGACGAUGGCUGAGGUGCUGCAGAAGAAGCUCCAGGGGGAGCUGGAGAAAUACCAGCAGCUGCAGAAAGAUAUCAGCAAGUGCAUGACGGCCCGGCAGAAGCUGGAGGCUCAGCUGACGGAGAACAACGUCGUGAAGGAGGAGCUGGACUUCCUGGACGCUUCCAACUCGGUCUACAAGCUGAUCGGGCCCGUGCUGGUGAAGCAGGACACGGAGGAGGCCAAGGCGACUGUCGGGAAGAGGCUGGACUACAUCACGGGGGAAAUCAAGCGGUACGAGGGGCAGAUGCAGGAGUACGAGAAGCGGUCGGAGCAGCAGCGGGAGACGCUGGCGCGCCUGCAGCAGGAGUUCCAGAAAGCCCAGGCCAAGGUGGUGGCCAAGGCCUGACCCGGGGGCCGUGCCGGGGCUCCCACGGAGCGGGACUGUGGGGGGCGGGUCACUCGGGCCCCCUUGCCCCCGUGCCUGGCCGCUCUGAAAUAAAGGUGGGGUUUUCGCUCA